AUGACGCCCGUCGGGGAUCACGGAGUCCAGAGGGCAGCGACUGGCCGCUCCGAGGGCGGAGAGGAGCCGCAGAGCCUCGGCCAACACGUCACGGACAUGGGGAAACCUACCGGGGGCCACGAGGCCCAUCCCGGACUGCGCGGCGGCGGCUCAGCCAGCCCUGACACAGCGGCCCCGGCUGUCCCCGACACCUCCCCGCGGCACAGCCACGUCAGACGCCUGGGGAAUGCGGCGGGACCAUUGGCUGUGUGCGGGGAGCCGGCCCCGCAGAACGCGCUCUGCCCCCCAGCAGCGCAGCCGGGAUCUCAGCUGGUGUCAGAGAAACACGAGGACACGGCCGGGAAGGGGCUGCGAACCCCCCCACGCUGCUACACCCAUUUCCCCCGCUUGCACAGGGCCACACGCGGCCUCGCCUCUCUCCCUCCCCCGGGACGGCGAGACGCUGCCCGGCGCCGCUUCCCCACCCGGCCCGGCGGUGAACUCCGGCCACCGGCACCCAAGGACGAGCCGCCGGUCGACAGUGACCUUGCCGGUGCCGUCGGGGGUCGGAGCGGGGCCGGGGCGCGGGCACCGCGGCGGGGAACCCCCCCUGCGCCGGCGGCGGCCGCGGUGACGGGCGAGGAAAUGCGGGAGGAUCCGCGCUGCAGCCGCCGGUGCCGGGAGCGGGGUUACGGAGGAAGGCGCCGCGCGGGCACCAUGAGAAAGCAGAAAAUGCAGGUCAAACACCGCCUCCACCGAGGCCUGGAGGGGCCGGCGGUUCGGGGCGGGCGGCCACAGCCCGGAGGCUGCCCCGAGCCGGACAACGACCCCCGCGGCCCCUCGGGACAAUGCGAGGACACGGGGGCGCGGAGAAGGCCGGGCUGCAGCGGGGCUUCCCCGGCGCUCGCCUUCACCGACAAAGCCCCGCGGCCGCUCCAGCCCCAACUCCGGCCCUGGCACUGCACCGGCCGCCAGCGUCCCGAGCCCGCGCACCGCCGGGCCCGCCAUGAUGCCCGCACACCGGGCCGGACCGGCGCAGAGCAGAGCGUCAGGCCGCGGGCCGCGCAGGAGCCCCCGCGGCCGUCCGCCCAGCCGCCCGCCCCAGCGUUCCCUCCCGCCGCCGGGUACGGCCGGUUCCCGCCUGCCCGCGCCUACCUGGCCGGCCCGUUCCCCGGGCCCCUGCGCGGCACCAGGCCCGGCUCGGCGCCACGGCGUGUCCCGGGCAGCCGGCGAGAGCGAGCGCUCAGCCGCGGCAGCGGCGGCCCCUCCCCCGGCGGCAGCGGCGGCUUCUCCCCGGGCCGGGCGGAAACGGCACUGGGUACACGGGGAUCCCCGGCGCCGGCGCCAGGGGCGCCCCGGGCACGCCCACCCCACUCCCCGUUGGCUGUCACGCCGCCGCGUCCCGCCCCGCCGGGGCGCCCGCCGCCGCCACGACCCCGCCCUCCCUCGUUCGCCAUUGGCGACAUCGCCUCGCGGCCCCGCCUUUGCUGCCGCCUCAUUGGGCUCCACGCGUCCGCCCCGCCGCGCGCCCCACGGUCCCGGCGCCACAUUGGCGCGCGGCGCUGCCACUCGGCGCGGGGAGCAGGGGGGCGGCCGCCGGCAGCGCCGACGCGAUGCGGGGCGGGCGGGCUGCGGCAGCGCCCGCCGGGCGAGCCGCGCUACGUGCCGAGGGGCGGGGCCGGCGGGGCGCGAUCGCUCGGCGCGGGGCGACUCCCGCGUCGGGACACGUGGCAGAACGAAGGGGCGGUGCGGGGGGCGGCCGGAGCUCUGGGCGGAGGGGGGCGCAGGGCGCCUGCGCGGCGCCGGCGCGCGGGGCCUGCCGCGCGGCACGUCCGCGCGCGCGGGUUUGAGUGGGAGGGGGGCUGGGCUGGGGGGUCCCGUCACGGGGUCCCGGCGGGGCCGCCUGGGGCUGAAACCGCCCCUGCUCGGGCCGGGCCGGCGGGGCCAGCGCUCCCGCAGCUGGCCGGUCGCCGUCCCUGGAGCCCCGAACAAAGGCCGCGGGGCAGUAAGGCGGAGGGACGGCCCCUCCGCGGUAGGAGGGGCGGCCGAGCCGGGCAGGAGGGGCCCCGCGGCGCUCGGUGCCCGAGCUCGGCCCAGGGGCUCCGCCCGGUUCCGGGGCCCGCGUACCGGGGCUGCGGCUGCCCGCAGUGA